GAGAAAACGAGAAAGCGAAAAAGAAUCUUAGCCCCACCGCACCACACAACCGCGUCUAGGGUUUCCGCCUGCCUGAGCUUUGCGUUCCCCGCCGUCGAUCGCCGCCGCCAUGUCGUCCGGCGACGAUGACCGCGUCACCUUCUCCAAGCACCACCACCGGGAUAAGGACAAGGACCGCGACCACUCCUCCUCUCGCCGCCACCGCGACAAGGACCGCCCCUCCUCUCGCCACCACCGCGACGACAGGGACGGUGAGCGGGAGCGGGAGCGGGACCGAGAUCGCGACCGCCACCACAGAGACAAGGAGCGGGAUCGAGAGGAGCGGAAGGCGCGGGAGCGGGCGGAGAAGGAGCGCGAGAAGGAGGAGAAGAGGGAGAAGGAAAGGGAGAGGGAGAGGGAGGAGAGGGAGAUGGAGAAGGAGAGAGAGCGGGCGCGUCGUCGCGAGGAGCGGGAUAGGGAGAAGGAGAAGUCGAGGAGGCGGGAGGCGGUCGAUGAGGAGAACGAAGAUCGUGACCGUGACCGCAAGCGCCGCCGCCGGUCCUUGCACCGGCACCACCACCGUGAUGUGGAGCCAGAGGAGACACCGCUGUCAAGGGAGGAGGAGGAGGAUGCAGAGGAGGUGGAGAGACGGCGGCAGAAGAAGGAGGAAGACAUGGAGGCUGAGCAGCAGCGGCUUGAUGACGAGAUGGAGCGGCGCCGCCGCCGUGUUAAGGAGUGGCAGGAGAAGAAGCGCCGUGAGCAGCAGCAGGAGGAUGGUGCCAGUGGUGGUGCAGCUGCCAUUGAGGCUGAUGGUGGAGGCAAGUCUGGGAAGAAGUGGACUUUGGAUGGUGAGGAGUCGGAUGAGGAGGAUGUGAAGAAGUUGGAGGAGAAUGCUGGCACUGGUGCCAUGGAUGUUGACCUACCAAACAUGGAUAAUGGCAGUAACAGUGGGGCUGGUUUGGAAGAGGAUGAGAUUGAUCCCCUCGACGCGUUUAUGGACUCUAUGGUGUUGCCAGUGGUUGCAAAGCUCGAGAGUGCCACAACAGCGACGGAGAGCGUGCUUGCUGACAAUGCAGGUGGUUUGAAUGACAAGGGUGUGAAGGAUGCCACAAGUAAUGAGGAUAAGAAAAGACAGAUGAUGGCAAUUGGGAGAAUUAUGCAAGGGGAUGACUCUGACUCAGAUUAUGAUGAUGCUAAUAAUGGCGAGGCUGGAUCAGAUGAUGAGGAUGAUGCAGAGUUCAUAAAACGUGUCAAGAAGACGAAGGCAGAGAAGUUGGUUAUUGUUGACCAUUCCAAGAUUGAUUACCAACCAUUCCGGAAGAAUUUCUAUAUUGAGGUGAAAGACAUAAAAAAUAUGCCAGCCGAGGAAGCGGCGGCCUACCGGAAGCUGUUGGAGCUCAAGGUGCACGGGAAAGACGUUCCGAAGCCAAUAAAGACAUGGAUCCAGAGUGGUCUGACAAGUAAGCUACUUGACACUAUCAAGAAGCUUGGUUUUGAGAAACCGAUGCCUAUACAAGCACAGGCGUUGCCAGUCAUAAUGAGUGGACGUGAUUGUAUAGGGGUUGCAAAGACUGGAUCUGGGAAGACUCUAGCAUUUGUCUUGCCCAUGCUGAGGCAUGUCAAAGAUCAGCCGCCUGUUGUGCCUGGGGAUGGCCCUAUUGGGCUUAUUAUGGCUCCUACGAGAGAGCUUGUGGUGCAAAUAUAUUCAGACAUAAAAAAGUUCUCCAAGGUGCUUGGCAUCAACUGUGUUCCUAUAUACGGAGGUUCUGGGGUUGCCCAGCAGAUCAGUGAACUGAAGAGGGGUGCUGAAAUUGUUGUUUGUACACCAGGCAGGAUGAUUGAUAUCCUUUGCACUAGCAGUGGCAAGAUUACUAACCUUCGAAGAGUGACUUUCUUGGUGCUGGAUGAAGCUGAUAGGAUGUUUGAUAUGGGUUUUGAGCCUCAGAUUACUCGAAUCGUUCAGAACACCCGUCCGGAUAGGCAGACUGUCCUUUUCUCUGCCACUUUUCCACGGCAGGUGGAGAUACUGGCACGUAAAGUGCUGACGAAGCCUGUUGAGAUUCAGAUGGGUGGGAGGAGUGUCGUGAACAAAGAUAUCACACAACUGGUGGAAGUGCGACCAGAAAGCGAGAGGUUCUUUAGGCUGUUGGAAUUGCUUGGGGAGUGGUUUGCAAACGGAAAAAUUCUUGUUUUUGUACAGUCGCAAGAUAAGUGUGAUUCUCUACUGAAAGAGCUGUUCCAGCACGGAUACCCAUGUUUGUCUCUACAUGGUGGAAAGGAUCAAAAUGACCGUGAAUCAACUCUUGCUGAUUUCAAGAGUAAUGUAUGCAGCUUGCUGAUUGCUACCAGUGUUGCUGCAAGGGGUUUAGAUGUGAAAGAUCUUGAGCUUGUUGUCAACUAUGAUGUUACUAAUCAUUAUGAGGACUAUGUUCAUCGGGUCGGGCGAACGGGUCGCGCUGGUAGGAAGGGCUGUGCUGUGACUUUUAUUUCUGAGGAAGAGGAACGCUAUGCACCAGACCUUGUUAAGGCUUUGGAGCUAUCUGAACAGGCCGUUCCAGAGGACCUGAAAGCCUUAGCGGAUCGAUUUAUGUCAAAGGUCAAGCAGGGAACAGAGCAGGCCCAUGGAACAGGCUAUGGUGGAAGUGGUUUCAAGUUCAAUGAAGAAGAGGAGGAAGCACGGAAAUCUGCAAAAAGGGCUCAGGCAAGGGAAUAUGGAUAUGAGGAGGACAAGUCAGAUUCAGAUUCUGACGAUGAAGGAGGUGUGCGUAAACAGGGAGGUGAUGUUGCAGCACAAGCUAUUGCUGCUGCUCAAGCUGCCGCUGCUUUGGCUGCUGCCAGGGCUACUAGUAAUGCCCAGCAGCAAGUACCAGCCACAACGGCUGGCUCCUUGCUUCCUCUGCCGGUCGCACCUAACCAACAAAACAAUGAAGCCACACAACGAGCACUUGAUGCUGCAUACAACUUACAGAAAAAUUUGGCAAGGAUACAGGCCCAUGCAGUUCCAGAACACUAUGAAGCGGAGCUUGAGAUUAAUGAUUUCCCACAAAAUGCUCGCUGGAAGAUCACUCACAAAGAGACAUUGGUUCCCAUUCAGGAAUGGACUGGAGCGGCAAUUACUACAAGGGGAACCUUUAUUCCUCAAGGCAAAAUUGUUGGUGCUAACGAGCGCAAGCUGUACCUGUUUAUUGAGGGCCCCAAUGAGUCUUCCGUCAAGAAGGCGAAAGCAGAAUUGAAGCGUGUCCUUGAGGAUUGUGCCAACCAGGCACUGAAUCUUCCAGGUUCUGCUCAAACCGGAAAGUAUUCUGUUCUUUGAUCUGCAGUUUGUAUAACAAAAUGGAUAAAGUAUGGGAGAUGUUGAAAUUUUCUUGAGAAGCUUACCGUGGUUUGCAGAUCACAAUCCAAUUGUUGGACUUCAGAUAUGCAACUAUUUUUUAAAACUUUAAGCCAUUAUAUAAGGCAGCUAGCAGUUACUUAGUGCCAUGUGGUUAUUGUGGAAACUGUCUAGCUUGGAACGUUUUGACAAUUUAUAUAAUUCUUUUGACAAACUUUUAUUGCCUUUGGACAUAAGGCUUAGAAUGCAGGUCACUGUUGUGAACACUAAAUGGAGAAUGCUGCCUUCCUUUUUCUUUUUCAUGCAGUUUACUGUUGUGAACACUAAUAGGAGAAUGCUGCCUCCCAGAUAUGCAGAAUACUGCCUUCCAUUUUUAUGUUCCACGCAGUUUACUGUUGUGAACGCUAAAUGGAGAUUCAUGGUGUACUGUUCACCCAUAGUACUGUUGGGAAUAAAAACUUAAACGCUAAAGAGGCGCUGA